CAGAUACAUUUAGGGAGAGAGUGGCUAAAAGGUAAGGCUGUCAUUGUGUCCUCUUAACAGCAUCUUCAGUGGAGUGGUCACCCUUUUUCACAUUUCACCCCAAUUUCCCUCAUUUCCCAACAAGGUCACCUUCUCCAAAAUGGCCGACAAUGCCACCUCUCAAGAGAUCCUUCAUGGAGACUAUGAGGACUAUCCUGAUUUUGAUGACAAUGUAGGUCUCCGCAACUCAAUGCAUAUGCUCUCCAUAGCGGUCUACAGCAUUGCCUUCCUGCUGGGACUGACUGGAAAUGGCCUGGUUAUCUUUGUCACUGGCUUCCGUAUGAAGAGGACUGUCAACACUGUAUGGUUUCUCAACUUGGCCAUCGCCGACUUUGUCUUUACUUUCUUCAUCCCACUGAGUGUGGCUUACAUAGGCCUUGGCUUCCAUUGGCCCUUUGGCAAGGCCCUGUGCAAGCUCAACACUGCAGUGGCCUUCCUCAACAUGUUUGCCAGUGUGUUCCUACUCACCAUCAUCAGCAUGGACCGCUGUGUCUCUGUGGUGUGUCCUGUCUGGGCCCAGAACUACCGCACUCCCCGACUGGCUUCUCUGGUGUCUGUGGGCGUCUGGGUAGCAGCCCUGGCCCUCAGCUCCCCGUACUUAGCCUUCCGGGACACUAGAAGCUCCUCUAAUGAGGAUAACACCACUCGUUGCUACAACAACUUCGCCUUGUCGGAUGACUUUGAGUCGGACGAAGCUGUCAAGCUGGAACAGGAGCGUCACCAGGCCAUGGUGAUGACCCGUUUUGUGGCUGGGUUCCUGGUGCCAUUUGCUAUCAUCUUGUUCUGCUACGGCAUCAUCACGGCCAGGCUGAAGGGAAGCCGCCUCACCCGCUCAAGCAGACCCUUCAAGAUCAUGGUGGCUGUUGUCUUGGCCUUCUUUACUUGCUGGUUCCCCUAUCAUGUGUUCUCCUUCCUGGAGAUGUCAGUCACCACAGUAACACCCUGGCUAGAGACAGUUCUGGUGGUGGGGAUACCCUUGGCCUCAGGCCUGGCUUACCUCAACAGCUGCCUGAAUCCUUUCCUGUAUGUCUUUGUGGGGCAAGACUUCAGGGAGAAGCUGCGGAUGUCUGUCCUUGCAGCUUUUGAGAAUGCUUUCAGCGAAACCUCAGGACAGGGGUUAACCAAGAGCAAAUCCAGUUUGGAGGUAGAGUGUUAUCGUGUCUAGAGGAGAAGUGGGCAACUUAAGGCUUUAAUCCACCCUGAUCCUUGAGCCCCACCCCCAUAAGCCAAGUACAAAAUUGUAGGAUUGAGGUGGAUGUGGGCGGAGCAUGGUCCAAAAUGGUGGGGCAAAGGGUGGAGGCAACAAUGGUCUACUGUACUUUGUGUGCUGGGAUGUCCAGUAUUAGAGAUGGAGAAGGAAUUAAAUUCAGUUUGCAUUUAAAGCCUAAUAAAUCAAAUUUGUACUUUCUGAAACAGGAUGAGAACCAAAACACAGCCGCCCUUCAAAAUUCGCACACUUCCAAAUUUUGUGAUGUGGUUCUCCAACCAAAGAAUUUGUACAAAAAUGUAGAUAUUAGGAGAAAGUGUGCAUAAAAACAAAAUAACAUACAAAAGUGUAUUACAU